AUUCUUUUAUACAUCAUUCUACAUUUUCCGCAUUUUAAUAUUUUGACAUAUAUAUUAGAUCAAUACUAAUUCUUUUACAGUAUAUUGUUCUAAUCAUCCAAUACAUAAAGUUGAACUUGUAUCAAAAUAUUGAUUAAUAUUUCAAAUUUUGGCUUGCAAAUAUUCAAGACACAAUCUCUCAUCAACCGGUUGAGAUUUCAAUAUGGGGCGUAACCAUGGGCGACUUUAUAGCAUUUUGGUUAAUAAUCCAUUUGGAGAUGAAGCCAUAUUAGUGAAGAUCAUUAAUGAAAUAGAAUUUGGAAUUGAACGUAAAAUUCAAUUGGCUUCUGCUCUAGUUAAUCCACAUCAAGAUGAAGCCUUAUUAAAGGAAUUGAAUAGAAGAGAGAUGGAUCCUGAACUUGACAUUGAACCCUCAGAAAUUAAGAACAAUAUAAGAUGUUUUCAUCUAACUGACAUCGAGACUCCUAUGGAAAACAGUGAGUUACAUAUUGCAGCUUGGAACGGUAAUGAUGAAAUUGUUACUCGUUUAAUUGAAGAUGACCUCGACUGUGUGCCAAGAGCUAACAAAAACAAGGACAAUGCCGUACAUGUUGCUGCAAGAGCUGGAAACUUUUCAAUUGUUGAAAAGUUAUUAAAAAGUUAUAGUAAUUACAUAAUGCAAUUGUAUGAAAAAUACUUGGUUAACAAAUAUGAAAAAGAAAGCAUGGGUGAGCUAUUCGAAUUAUUGAAAAUGCAGAAUAAGCAUGGUAACACUGUGUUACACGAAGCAAUGUUAUGUGAAAAGAGCAGUGAUAAGAUUUUCAAAAUUUGUGAGGAUUUGAUUUGGAGGAAAUAUUGUUAUGAGUAUGCAAUAAAUAUUGUUAAUCAUGCAGAGAAAACAGUACUUUACCUUGCAGUUGAAAAUGGAAACAAGGAUGCUGUCAACCUAAUAUUGGACAAGUGUUGCAAGGAUGAUCAAUUGAUAAAAGGAUUAUCACCAUUAGUAGCGGCAAUCAGGAUGCAUAAUCCAGAAAUGUUGAGGAUCAUACUAAAACACAAGCCAACUUGGAUCCAUUCAAUGGAUAAACAUCAAAGGCUUCCUCUUCAUUAUGCUGCAUUCAUAGGUUCCCUUGAAUGUGUUGAUUUAUUACUCGGAUUAUGUAAAUGUUGCACUAUUCAAAGAGACAUAUAUGGUUAUUUCCCAAUCCAUCUAGCAUCUUAUGGAGGCCAUGUGGAAGUAGUGAAGAAAUUCUUACAAUAUUAUCCAGAACCAUAUGAGAUGCUUGACAGUUAUUAUGAGCGUAAUAUUCUUCACAUUGCAGCAAAACAUGGAAAAAAUGAUGUGAUAUGCUAUAUAUUACAAAGUGAAAUUCCUGAACAUCAUACACUGAUAAACCAAAAGGAUAAUAAAGGAGAAACUCCUUUGCAUUUGGCUACAAGAUCAUGUCAUCCCAGUACUGUGUACUACUUAGUUAAUGAUAAAAACAAAAGAGUGAAUCUUGAUUUGGUUAACAAAAACAAUGAAACAGCUCUUGACAUUGUUAAUGCAGUUUACGAGGUUGAAAAAUCAUCUUUGAGACAGCAUCUUACAUGGACUGCAUUGAAAUCAGCUGGUGCAAAGCAAAGUCCAAAGAAAUUAAGACUCCAUGCUGAAUCGAAACCAAAUGAUUCAAAUUCACAAAAAAUAGAACAAAGUAAAAAAAAAGAAAAUGUUUCAGAAAGAUAUAAGGACAGAUUGGAAAACCUCACAAUUGUUUCGACCCUUAUAGUAACAGCAUCCGUAGCGGGAUGUUUUGCUGUUCCGGGUGAAGCAAAUGGGAAAGCGAGUAACUUAAAUCAUGCAAUGUUUCAAUUUUUCAUUAUCUUCAUCACAAUAUCAUUUUUCAAUUCCAUUAGUGCUACAAUCAUACUCUUUUGGGCAACGCUAGGAUUAACUGAAUUGGUGAGUCUCACUCUCAAAAAUGUGAUGCCACUUCUUGGAGUCGCUCUCAUUUCAUUAUCUUUGGCUUUCAUGACUGGUCUCUACACUGUCAUCAGUGAACUUUAUUGGUUGGCCAACGUGUUUUUGGUAAUGAGUGUGAUAUUUAUUAUCAUUGGGAUUUUUCUAUACAUACUCCUUUUCCUUCCAUCAUCGUCAACUAUAAAGCCACUGAGAUAUAUUUCUAAAUACCCUUUCCUUUAUUUAGCAUCACGAAGUGAAUGUAAAAUGGAUAAAGGUCUAAAACCUUAGGGGUAGUAUAGGUUAAGUUUAAUGUGCAUCGUCUCUGUUUUGGUGUGUUUGUUUGGUAUUUAUUUAUGUUCCUAAAUUCUAGUUAAUAUGUAUGUUUUUCUUGUGUGUACAAAUAAAUGGCAUAAAAUGUUGAUCGGGAUAAUAUUUCCACCUAUUGCUAUCAUUAGGAUCUCCUUUAGGUCUCCAUGCCAUGAGAUUAGUGCAUUACACAAUAGAUGAUAUAUUAGUCUAUCAAUCAACACAAAGUACUAAAUUCCAACAAUUACAAAUUAGCAAGCCUCCACACCAAUUUCAUUACCCUACAUGCAGAUAUUGUACUUAACCAUAUGUCUAGGCAUUAUCAUCCAAUAGAUUAUUAUCUAGGAUCUAGUAAUGAUAAACACCUUUCAAUGUCAUGUCACACCAUAAAAUCAUGUUUUAUGUAGCAAAGUUAAAACAUACGUUAAGAUUAAAGAGUCAUCAAUUUUAUAUCACGAGUAAAAUUACAUAGAACUCCAUGACCUAUUUAAUACAUGGAUAUAAUUACUAUAUUUAACCCCAAUACACAUAAUUUAGCUAAACAUAUUCAUAAUAGUUGUCAAAAAUCUCCCGAAGAUGAUCAUGGAAGUUUAUUUUUCUUGUCACGUGAGCAACGAUUCUGCCUUCAGGCUCCCUCAUUUAUUCUUCAAUUGUAGAUGAAGUUCAACCUACUACAGUUAUGUACUACCUCAAUCCAGCAAAAAUCACUUGGCAAUAAACUGGAAGCCUAUAUUUAUAUGCAAGAUUUUGGACUUCUCGUUAGUCGUAUUGCCCUUACGCCUAGUGUGCCUAAUUCUUCCCCUUGAACCGAGUCAUGCAUGCAUGACAAGUCGCCCUAGCCACCUUGUUGUGUUAAGUUCACUACCCAUGUUCUUAGAAAACAAACCCUUGAUUCACCAUGAAUAACUUGCAUUUGAUCAUGCAAUCUAGCCUUCUUCCUACAUACAACACGUCUAUGGAUGGGCUUAG